CUGACCGAUGGCGUUGACACCACCCCAAGCCCAGGCCGGCGGCAGGUAUAUCUCUCCUUGGUGCGCUCUUUGUCUGCCCUCCUGUUCCCCUUCCUUUGUUGAUCCAUCACGUUCCUUGACCGUACAAGUACAUCAAAGUCUGUGACUUUCGUUUCGCCCUUUGACCUUUCAGUCGCCCACACUCAUUCAUCCCCGGAGGAUAUCACGUUCAUUCCAUCAAGCUCGUUCUUGACCACGCUCUCUCGACGAAACGAAAGACAGCCUUCGAAAUCCUCCCAUCUCAAAACUUCUCAAACAAGCAAACAUGUUCGCCCUUAAGACUCUCUCCGUCUUGGCUGUCGUCGCCACUGUUGCUGUUGCAGCCCCUACCCCUGCCGAAGAGGGUGUUGCUAUCAACAAGCGAUGGGGUGGCCGUGGCUACCAUUGGUGGUCGGAGUCUGGCAGCACGACGCCCACUACGACUGUGGUCACCGUGGUCACCGAGACCGCUGAAGCGGCUGCCCCUGCUCAGCCCGCCACUACCACCGCGGCCAGCACCAGCACUCCUACCAUCGGCUCCAGCACUGGGGACUACAUUUCCAUCGUCUCCAAGUGGCGCUCUGCCGGCGGCCUUCCUGCCCUUACUCAGGACAGCACCCUCGAGGCUAACGCCCUCAAGACCAGCACGAACAGUGUUGGUGGCCUGAUUCACGAACUCAACCCUGGCACCAUGGCUCAAGUCCUUGCCCCUGGCAGUGCUAGCGACUUCGAGGAAGUCUACGUUGGUGGCUGGCUCUGCGAGAUCCCCUCCCUUGCAGGCUUGGACGGCAUCUGCUCGACCGCUUCUCAAGGCUGGAGCUACGGCGGACAGACUGGUCAUGCUACUAUCCUCACGUCAACAUCGUACUCAAAGAUUGGCUGUGCUAUUUCCUCUAACACCAACGUCUGGGCCUGCGAUUUGGCAUAAGUUCAAUACGAAAAGAAUUACCGCCCUCUCUAGGUUCAUUCGCUUGGACGUUGGAGUAUGACCGGCAUUUUAUGACAACUUCAAAGCAUUGCAUUAUCUUCUCCUGGAUAACUACGCCGUCCAGCUCAAUCAUUUUUUCUUCAAACGUGUUUUCCUAGUAAACCGUGAGCACUGUGAUAUUGCUUUCUAUAUUUUUCAUCGUCGUCCUUCCUCUUCAUCCACCAGUCGUGCAUCAGCAGAGGAGUCCCAGCACAAGCAUUUCGGUUCGUCUACUUGGAUGUACAUGUCGAAGGAAAUUCUCAAAAGCCUGUACACUGGAUCAAGCUCGAUAGGAUCACUUAAUCAAAUGUAUGCUCGCAUUCCUACUCGUAA